AUGAAGGAUAAGAAACUUUUUUUCUAAUAUUCAAAGCACGGCAUUAAUUUUUUUUGUAACUUUCACUUUAACAGAAAUAAUAGCAAUUUUUUAGGAAUUGAUAUUGCAUAGGAGUAAAUUUUUACUCCAUCAGAUCCUUAAUACGCUACGGUUUAAUUGAUGUAUGAUCUAGCAUACCCUAAGACUCAUGAAAUCAAAGUAAAAUUUUAAUAUAAUCUAUUUAUUAGAUGAUAAGAGCAUAAGAAUAUUGUUUUUUUUUAAUUUUACCUUUUAAAUGGAUACAAAAGCAAUUUAAUGGAUGGAAUAAAAAUUUGAUUAUUUAGGUUGCUGUAUAAAAUAUCCAAUUUAAAUGUUUAACUACUUCAAUUCCUAUUUGA